AUGAAGGCCCCUGGCUUUGGAGGGGUGAUGCUGCUGCUCCAUCUCCAGUCCUUGGGGAUUGCAAGUAUUCCAGCAAGGAAUCCUCCUCACUAUGAAGUGAACGGCAUCCGGGGAGGGUCAGUCUCGCUUCCUGUAUUCAUAACCUCGUCCAAAAGAGUAGCCAAAAUUGAAUGGAAAUUUCAGCCCCAAACUGGCCUCGCGCUCGUGAUUGCAGAAUUCAGAAACGGAAAACUGGAGAGGCCCAAUCCUGGCGACCGAUUUGGGCAUCGGCUGGAAAUGGCGGGCGAGGCCACGCUGAGGAUUGCAGUGCUGGAGAUGGGGGACUGUGGCCUCUACACGGCUCGCGUGAGGCUUUCCACCUCUGUGGUCAAAGAGUAUUCGUUCAGCUGCAGGGUCUACGAGCCAGUGCCAGAACCGCAGAUACGCUACCAACUGGUCCCCAAGACUGCAGAGGCAUGCAACGUGACCCUGCAGUGUCUGGCAUCUGAAAAGGGGGGAAUUGAUGUCUCCUGGAAAAGAGGGACCCAACUUAGUGACCUAGAAGAAGGUUCGGGCUGGUACCAAUUGUCUGCCGAGGGCUCGGACCUCCAGGUGUCAUGGCGACCCAACUCCUCAGACUCCACCUUCACCUGCCUGCUCAGCAACCCCGUCGAUCAGAAGAGCUCCUCGCUGGACUUGGUCCGCAUCUGCCAGAGUGAGGGCAUGGGAAGUAAUCCAGCAGAGAAUCCGCCUCAGCAGGUGAGUGGGAUCCUGGGGGGAUCAGUCUUGUUUCUUCUGAAGCUACCUUCAAUAAAAAUGGUGGGCAGAAUUGAGUGGUCCUUUCAAGGAGGGUCCGGGCAAGAAGUUCUGAUUGCUGAACUCAAGGAUGGAAAACUGGAGCAGCAAAAUAUCACGUUUGGGCAGCGGCUGGAAAUGGCCAACAAGACCACGCUAAGGAUCAGGGCCCUGGAGAAGGAGGACAGCGGUGCAUGGACGGCUCGUGUUCUCUUUGCCACUCGAGAGGUUCACAAGCAGACCUUCCUGCUCUCUGUCUUUGGAAUUGUUCCAGACCCUCAGACCCACCACCAUCUGGUCUCCAAGACUGCUGAGGUAUGCAACAUGACCUUGCAGUGUCUGGUGUCUGAAAAGGGAGGCAUUAACAUCUCCUGGAAACGAGGGACCCAGCUUAGUUUCCUUGAAGAAGGUUCGGACUGGUACUGGCUCUCUGCCGAGGGCACGGAUCUCCAUGUGUCAUGGCAGCCAAACUCCUCAGGCUCCAUCUUCACCUGCCUGCUCAGCAACCCUGUUGAUCAGAAGAACGCCUCCUUUGACUUGUUCAGCAUCUGCCACAAUGAUGGGGCCAGCGGGUGCCUCUCCUGGGUGAGGCUGGCCAUGCUGGCUGGGCUCUUGGUGCAGAUCCUUGCCGUCGUCUCAUUGAACGUGCUGGAAAGAGCGGGGAAGAAGCAGAACUGA